AAUUUCUCCACACUUUCCAUCUUCCAAACUUGAUUUCGAAGAGGAAAAAAACACAGAGAUGGCCAAGACCGGCUCUGUUUCGGAUCCCCGUUCGAGGCUCAAGUGGGACAUAUUCCUCAGUUUCCAAAGAAACACGCGCCACAGUUUCACGGAGCGUCUCUAUGAAGCCCUCAUCAAGGAACAGGUCCGCGUAUGGAACGGUGAUGCGGAGCGUGGGAGUCAUGAGGAGGCUAUGGAGGGUUCGGUGGUUUUCGUAGUAGUCUUAUCCCUUGACUACGCUAAAUCUCAUUGGUGCCUCGAAGAACUAGCCAAGCUCUGCGAUCUGGAAUCGUCGCUGGGUCAUCGGAUCUUACCGAUCUUUUAUGGAGUCGAUCCGUGGCAUUUUCGGAGACCGAGUCCUAUCGAAGAGGAUUUCAAAGAGCAUUCGAAAAUAUUUGGCGAUGAGGAGAUACAACGAUGGAGGAGAGCUUUGCGUUUAGUCGGAAAUAUCUCCGGAUUUGUUCUUAGUCAAAGGAAUGUGACACUGCGUGUUGUUCUGAUUGACUACGGGACAUGGAAACUGUGUGGCGUUUUCAGAUACGACGUUUUCCUCAGUUUCCGAGGCGGAGACACGCGCGACGGCUUCGCAGAUCGUCUCUACAAGGCGCUCAAAAAGGAGGUCCGGGUCUUCCGCGACAACGAAGGCAUGGAGCGAGGGACUGAGAUCGCUCAGAGUCUCGAGGAAGGCAUGGCGGACUCGGCGGCCUCCGUCGUCGUCUUAUCCCGUCGCUACGCUGACUCUCGCUGGUGCCUAAAUGAAUUAGCUAUGCUCUGCGAUCUGGAAUCAUCCCUAGAUCGGCCGAUUUUACCCAUAUUUUACAAGGUCAAUCCCUCCCAUGUACGCAAACAGAGCCAUAGAUUCGAGAAGCAUUUUGAUGAACACGCCAAAAGAUUCAGCGAGGAGGAGGUUCAGCGAUGGAGAGGAGCUAUGAGUUUAGUUGGAAAUCUCGCUGGAUAUGUUCAUCAAGAAAACUCGGUUGAUGAGGAUGAUAACAUAAUAGAUGACAAACAAAGAAAAGAUGAGGAUGACGUGAUAGAGCGUGUGGUGAAAAAGGUUUUAGCUCAAGUGAGCAAUACACCAGAGAAAGUGGGAGAAUUCACGGUUGGUCUGGAAUCACGUGUCGACGAUUUGAUGAAGCUGGUCGACUUUAAAUCCAGCUCCGGCGUUCAGAUCCUGGGGCUUUACGGUAUGGGUGGUAUUGGGAAGACGACGCUCGCAAAACGCUUCUAUAACAAGAUCAUCAAAAACUUCGAGGAGCACCGAGUUUUCAUCUCAGACGUUAGAGAAAAAUCAUCACGUCAAGAUGGCUUAGUCAAUCUACAAACAACGUUGAUCACUGAACUUUCCCCUCGUUCGCCACCUCCAAUAGAAGAUGUUAGCAGUGGCCGUGACAAGAUAAGAGCAAGUGUUCACGAGAAGAAGGUUCUUGCGGUUUUAGAUGAUGUUGAUAGCGUAGACCAGAUUAAUGCGCUGGUUGGUGAAAGAAGUUGGUAUGGUCAAGGAAGUCUUAUCAUCGUCACCACCAGAGAUGAAGAGAUUCUGAGGAAGCUCUCUGUGGACAAACAGUAUGAGGUCAGCUGCUUGACUGAGACGCAGGCAUUGAAUCUGUUUAGUUAUCAUUCACUACGCAAAGAAAAACCAACGGAGAGUCUAAUGGAGUUGUCGAAGAAGAUUGUUCAGAUAACGGGAAGGUUGCCACUGGCUGUUGAAGUGUUUGGCUCCCUUUUGUAUGACAAGAAGGAAAAGGAAUGGCGAGUUCAACUAGAGAAGCUGAAAAACAUUCGACCAGACGAUCUUCAGGGUGUUCUUGCGCUGAGUUUCGAGUCCUUGGACGAUGAAGAAAAGAUUGUAUUCCUCGACAUUGCGUGUCUCUUUCUUAAAAUGGAGAUAAGCAAAGAAGAAGUUGUCGACGUGCUGAAAGGAUGUGGGCUCAACGCUGAGGCUGCUCUCGGUGUCCUGAGACAGAAAUCUCUUGUUAAGAUCUUGGCAGACAGAGACAAUACUCUUUGGAUGCAUGAUCAGAUCAGAGACAUGGGAAGGCAGAUGGUCCUCAAAGAAAGCCUUGAGGAUCCUGGAAUGCGAAGUAGACUCGGGGAUCGUGGUGAAGUCAUGACCGUAUUGAAUCAUAUGAAGGGAACAGCAUCCAUCCGAGGAAUGGUAUUUGACUUCAAAAAGAAGUUUGUGAGGGAGUCAAGUGCAGUUGAAAUUCCGUCGAGCAAACUACAAAACAAUUCAGGCAUCAGCUCUGCGUUUAAUCGCAUAAAGAAUAUAUUUGUGAGAUGUCCAGAAGAGGAAAAGCCAAAACAUUCUGAGAUCACCAUUCCCGUAGAGCCUUUUGUACCAAUGUCGAAGUUGAGACUUCUGCAGAUAAACAACGUGGAACUGGAAGGAAAUCUUAAACUCCUCCCAUCUGAACUCAAAUGGAUACAGUGGAGAGGUUGCCCAUUAGAAACUCUUCCACCGGAUUUUCUUGCUAGGCAACUUGCUGUUCUUGAUCUUUCAGAGAGUGGAAUAAGACAAGUCCAGACUUCGCGCAGCAAAAGGGGGGAUCAGAACUUGAAGGUUGUAAAUUUGCGUGGUUGCCACAGCUUAGAAGCCAUUCCUGAUCUAUCAAAUCAUAAAGCUAUAGAGAAGCUUGUUUUCGAGGGAUGCAAGCUUCUGGUGAAGGUUCCUAGAUCAGUUGGUAAUCUGAGUACAUUGCUUCACCUGGACUUCAGAUACUGUUCAAAUCUAUCUGAAUUUCGUGUGGAUGUUUCUGGUCUGAAGAGUCUUGAGAAGCUAUUCCUCUCUGGCUGUUCAAAUCUGAGUGUGUUACCAGAAAACAUUGGCUUUAUGCCAUGUUUGAAAGAGCUUCUUCUUGAUGGGACUGCGAUAAUGAACCUACCGGAAUCUAUUUUUCGCCUUCAAAAACUUAAAAAGCUUAGUCUAGACGGCUGCAGAUAUAUUCAGGAGCUACCUUCGGACAUGGAAACAUUGACAUCACUGGAGGAGCUGUAUCUUGAUGGAACCUCAUUGAAAAACCUUCCGAAUUCUAUUGGAAGUCUAGUAAAUCUCCAGAAACUGCAUAUGAUGCACUGCACGUCCCUUUCCAAGGUUCCUGACACCAUCAAUGACCUGAAAUCAUUAAAGGAGUUGUUCAUCAACGGAAGUGCGGUGGAGGAGCUACCUCUAAAUCCUGGCGCACUGCCAUGUUUGAUUGAGUUUUCAGCAGGAGGAUGCAGAUCGCUGAAACACGUUCCGAGUUCGAUUGGUGGAUUAAAAUCUCUUAUUCAACUUCAGUUGGAUAACACCCCAAUCGAAACUUUACCAGAAGAGAUAGGCCACCUGCCCUUUAUUCAGACACUUGAACUGAGAAACUGCAAAUCCCUCAAGUUUCUGCCAGAAACAAUUGGAGGUAUGGACAGACUCGAAAACUUGUACCUUAGCGGCUCUAACGUUGAGGAACUGCCGGAAGACUUUGGAAAGCUGGAAAAACUAGUACAGCUCCGAAUGAACAAGUGUGCAAAGCUCAAGAAGCUUCCUGAAUCAUUUGGAGACUUGAAAUCUCUUCACCAGCUGUACAUGGAGGAAACUUUGGUCACAGAGCUGCCAGAAAGUUUCGGAAACCUCUCAAAUUUAAGGGUAUUGAAAAUGCUGAAGAGGCCUCUUAAUAGAAUUUCUGAGAAUGAUGCUCCUGGUACAAGCGAAGAACCACGUUUUGUAAUGCCAAACUCUUUCUCAAACCUCGUGAAACUUGAGGAACUGGAUGCUCGCAGUUGGGGGAUAUCCGGUAAAAUCCCAGAUGCUUUCGAGAAGCUUUCUUCUUUGGAGAUACUGAACCUGGGGAAUAAUUACUUCCACAGUCUUCCGUCUAGCCUCAAGGGGUUAUCAAAUCUCAGAGAACUCUCAUUGUAUGACUGCCGAGAGCUCACGCGUCUUCCUCCUCUUCCAUGUAAACUGGAGCAGAUAAACUUGGCGAACUGCUUUUCAUUGGAGAGUAUAGCCGACCUUUCAGAGCUGACGAUCUUGCACGACCUCAAUCUCACAAACUGUAAGAAAGUGAAUGAUAUUCCAGGCCUAGAGAAGUUGACUGCUCUGAAACGAUUAUACACGAGCGGCUGUAACUCCACCUGCUCCAUUGACGUAAAGAAAAGACUGUCCAAGGUUUCUUUGAAAAUGCUGCGGAAUCUGAGCUUGCCUGGAAACAGAAUCCCAGACUGGUUCUCACAAGGCCCUGUCACGUUCUCAGCUCAACCGAACAGAGAGCUGAGAGGCGUGGUCAUUGCUGUUGUUGUGGCUGUUAACCAGGGAAGCAAAGAUGAUUUCCAGGUGCCUGAUGUGUUGGGGAUUCAAGCUCAAAUUCUGGAACUUGGUCGACCCAAAUACAACACCACAUUGAGCCUCUCUGGAGUGCCGAGGACAAGUGAUGACCAGCUCCACAUCUGCCGAUACUCGCAUCAUCACCCAAUGGCCACGUUGUUGAAAGACGGGUACACCAUACAGGUGAUCAAACAAAAACUGCCGAUCAAACAAGACGCUGAGCUAAAGAUGCAUGGGAUCCAUUUGGUUUAUGAGGGGGAUGAUGAUUUAGAAGGAGAAGAAGAUACAGUAAACGAGACACAUCUCUCCGUUUCUCAGAAACUUGCCAAUUUCUUCAGCUCUUUCGAAGAAAAUGAAGCCAGCUCAGAAGGUGAUUCUAAUUAUAGAACAAAGAGCUUCGUCGAGUGGGAUAAUGACGAGCCAGAAGAAGUAAGUGUCGUUGAGCAAUUGAAGGAAGGAGAUUUGGAUUGGGGGCUUUCUGGUUUAGAAGCUUGCAGUGUAGGAUCAGGUGACUCAGGUUCUGGGACCAACAUUGCUAUCGUUGUAGGCAAAUCCACCGCUGCAGCUCUCAAAAUGAGGAACCCGAACGAUGACUGGUACUCCUUCCGCGAGUUCCUCAGCAACCGCCUGAGUCCAUUGACUCUCUCUGGGUGCAAUGCCAAAGACGCCAUUGAUUUUCUCCGCGAGCAGCAGAUUUCGGGUGACUCCAAGGUCCUUGUUGGCCGCCUAAUUGCUGCAUGUGAUGCCUUCGGCAUAAAAACGAAGGACAAUCCUUUUCGAAGCCUAGCUGUAACAACAUACCUGAAGGAGGCGAGGCAAAUGACUCGAGAAGCAGAAUGCGUAGUAGUCUUUUCGUGCAAUGACAACCUUCAUGUGGACGAGGCACAUUUCAUCGAAGCCAUCUUGAAAGAGUUGCACAAGCGAGAGGUCAGCCCUUUGACAUAUAAUCUAUCAAGGAGAGAAAACGUGGACGUGGAGAUGCUUUACCGAUCUAGUGUGGGGAUUAUGGUAGUUUCAAAUAGUUUUGCUCGUAGUAGUCAGUCCUUAGAUCAUCUGGUGGCAAUCAUGGAGCUUCGGAAAGCAACCGGCCUUGAAAUUAUUCCGGCAUACUUUAAAGUAACACGUGCAGACAUUUGUGGGUUGGAAGGCCGGUUUGAAGCAGAAUUUCUGCAGUAUCAGAAUUCUGUACAGGCAGACAGAGUUCAAAAAUGGAGGGCAGCUAUCAUAGAAGCAGCUUUCACCGAUGGAAAUGAAUGGACAAAGGGAACUCAAUUUAUGCUUGCUGAGGAAGUUGUAAUUAAUGCAUGCUCCAGGCUACAUUUUGAAAAUAGCAAUAAUCUGGUCAGAAUCUUAGCAUUGCUAAACCACCCCCAGCCGUCAGAUGUGGAAAUUGAGGGAAUCUGGGGUAUGGCAGGAAUAGAUGACGUGAGCAAUGCCAGAGAUGCAGAAUAUGUAGUUGGAGGGUUUGGCUGGUUUUCUCGUGGACACAGAAUCAUAUUAACCUCUAGGAGUAAACAAGUUCUUGUACAGAGUAAGGUAAAAGGGCCGUACGAGAUCCAAAAAUUGUGCAAGCUUGAAUCUUCUCAUCUCUGCAAACAAUAUUUAAAUGGAGAAAGGGCGGUCAUCUCAGAGCUUAUCAGCUGCAGUAGUGGUAUUCCUUUGGCUCUCAAAGUUUUGGGUUCCUCUGUAUCAAAGCAGCAUAAAAUAAAUAUGAAAAGACAUCUUCAAACCUUGCGGAAGAAUCCUCCUACCAAGAUUCAGGAAGCAUUUCAGAGAAGCUUUGAUCGACUAGAUGGAAACGAAAAAAACAUAUUCUUGGACCUUGCAUGUUUUUUUAUAGGGAAGAACAGAGAUCAUGUGGUACAUUUACUUAAUGCUUGUGGGUUUUUUACGUCUUUGGGAAUCUCUAAUCUCAUUGAUGAGUCUCUCGUUAGCCUUCUGGAAAAUAGGAUUGAAAUCCCUAUUCCUUAUCAAGACAUUGGUCGAUUUAUUGUUCAUAAAGAAGACAAGAAUCCAUGCAAACGUAGCAGAUUGUGGGACUCUAAUGACAUAGCUGAUGUUUUGACAAAAGUAUCAGGAACAGAAGCGAUUGAGGGCAUCUUCCUGGAUGCGUCUGAAUUGACCUGUAAGUUGAGUCCUACUGUGUUUGGUAAGAUGUACAGACUUAGAUUGCUGAAGUUCUAUUGUUCCACCCCUGGAAAUGAGUGCAAGCUAUAUCUACCUCACGGCCUCGACGCUUUACCUGAUGAGCUAAGGUUACUUCACUGGGAGAAUUACCCUCUGGAAUUCUUGCCUCAGAAAUUUAAUCCUGAAAACCUUGUAGAGGUAAACAUGCCUUACAGCAACAUGGAGAAGUUAUGGGAAGGGAAGAAAAAUCUCGAGAAGCUAAAGAAAAUCAAACUGAGUCACUCCAGAAAACUUACUGAUAUCCUGAUGUUAUCAGAAGCCCUGAACCUUGAGCAUAUUGAUCUCGAAGGGUGUACAAGUCUGAUUGAUGUUAGCACAUCUAUUUCUCAUCUUGGGAAGCUUGUUUCCUUGAAUAUGAAAGACUGUUCUCGUUUGCAAAAUCUGCCUUCGAUAAUCGAUUUAACAUCUCUCAAGCUUCUUAAUUUGUCGGGCUGCUCAGAGCUUGAGGAUAUUCGGGAUUUUGCACCAAACCUGGAAGAGAUAUAUCUCGCUGGGUCUGCCAUUCGAGAACUGCCAUUGUCAAUCGAGAAUCUCACUGAACUUGUUACGCUAGAUCUGGAGGACUGCAAAAGGCUUCAGAAACUGCCAAUGGGAAUAAAAAGCUUGAAAUCUAUCGUCGAACUUAAGCUGUCUGGCUGCACAAGAACCGUCGUGGAAAGAUUCGCUGUUGUUCGUCGCCUCAAAGUCAACGAAGUUUUCGAUUUCACUUCCUUCUUAAAGAGAGACUCUCCUCAAUUUCGAAGGUGCAUCAUCGACGUUUCCCGAUGGCUUUUGCUUCUUCUUCCUCAUUGUUGGAUUCCUCCAACUGCAAAUUCCAUGUGGACACGCGUAAUACCUUCACGGCUCAUCUCCUUGAGUCCCUUCGCCGGAAAGGUAUCAAUGCCGGAGACUGAAUUUCUCGAUCACAUCGCCGCGGCAACUCUCAGGAUGCUGAAUGAUUUGUCUCCAUGUGAAAUCCAAGGUUUUCCAGGGAUUGAAGCGCGUUCAAAAGAAUUGGAGGAGUUAUUGAUGUUUGAUAAUGAGGAAGAUGUCCGUACAAUCGGAGUUCUUGGGAUGGCUGGAAUCGGCAAGACAAUGGUUGCUGAUAUCGUAUAUAAGCGAAACUACCGACAAUUUGAUGGUUACGAUUUCGUUGACGACGUUGACAAGGAGUUGGAAUGGCAUCAGUUAAGUCAUUUGCGGGAGAAACUCCUCUGUAAAGUACUCGAAAGAGAAAAUUUGGAUGUGAGAGCGCAUGGAGGAAUGGAAAGCUAUCUUUCGACCAAGAAGUUGUUUAUUGUACUGGAUAAUGUGACCGAUAAAGAACAAAUAGAUGUUCUCAUCGGACAUCAAGCAUUCCGGAAAGGAACUAGGAUUCUUUUGAUAACCAGAGACAAGAAGCUGCUGAAGGGAAAAGCUAAUGCAACAUAUGUAGUUCCGAAAUUAAAUGACAGGGAAGCCAUGGAGCUCUUCUGCCUUAAGGCAUUCCCUGGAAACCUCUACCCCCCGGAAGAAUUUAUGGAUCUAUCAAACAAGUUUGUAGACUAUUCUAAAGGUCAUCCCUUAGCGUUGACGUUAUUAGGUUCGGAUCUAGUUCUGAAGCUUGAACCAUACUGGAAGGAGAAAUGGGAGAUCUUAAAGGUAAUGCCAGACAAGGAGAUUCAGAAAAUGCUUGAAAAGAGUUACGAAAAACUAGAUGGUGAACAGAAGAGCUUAUUUCUGGACAUAGCAUGUUUUUUCAGAUCAGAAAAAGAGGAUUUCGUUUUGAGCAUCCUGAAACCAGACCUCGUCAAUGUUGCUUCUGUGAUGAGAGAACUUGAAGAUAAAUGCUUGGUAACUAUUUCUUAUGAUAGGAUUGAGAUGCAUGAUCUAUUGCAUACAAUGGGGAAGAAAAUUGGAUAUGAAUCCAUCAAAAUGGUGGGAGAACGUAGUAGGUUGUGGAACCACAAAGAUAUUCGUUACAUCCUGGAGGAGAACACGGGCACUGAAUUUGUUAGAGGCAUCUUCUUUAACAUGUCUAAUGUCGAAAGGAUCAAGCUUAGUCCUGCUGCUUUCAAGAGGAUGUCAAAACUCAAAUUCCUGAAAUUCCAGAAUUCUCAUUGUUCUCAGUGGUGUGACAAUGACUGUAAAUUUCAAUUCUGCCAAGGGCUUGAUCACUUUAAAGCUACGCUUGUGUACCUUCACUGGCAGGGGUAUCCUUACGCCUCUCUGCCAUCAGAGUUCAAUCCAGAGGAACUUGUCGAUCUUAACCUGCGUUAUAGCCACAUUAAAAGACUGUGGGAGGAGGAAAAGAAUACAGAAAAUUUAAGAUGGGUCGACCUCAGUCAGUCAAAAGCCUUGCUGAAUUUAUCAGGAUUAUCCAAGGCCAAAAAUCUUGAGAGACUGGAUCUCGAAGGAUGUACGAGUUUGGCUGCGUUGGGCCCAUCAAUCGAACAGAUGGACAAACUUAUUUACCUGAACCUCCGAGAGUGCACUAGCCUUGAGAGUCUCCCAGAGAAAAUCAACUUAAAAUCUCUGAAGACUCUGAUUCUCAGUGGCUGCUCAAACCUUCGGGACUUUCAAAUUAUAUCAAAAAAUAUUGAAUCGCUUUAUUUGGAAGACUCAGCAAUCGAACGGGUUGUUGAACACAUCCAAAGUCUCAGCAACCUUAUUUUGCUGAAUCUAAAGAAUUGUCGCAGGUUGAGGGAUCUUCCCAUCGAUCUUUACAAGCUCAAAUCUCUUCAAGAACUGAUUAUCUCUGGCUGUUCAGCGCUGGAGAGUCUUCCACCCAUCAAAGAGGAGAUGAAAUGCUUAGAGAUUUUGCUUAUGGAUGGAACAUCCAUCAAACAAACACCUGAAAUGAUCUAUUUGAGUAACCUCAAGAUUUUCUCCUUUUGUGGAUCUAGCAACAAAGACUCCGCAGGGGUAGUGUUGUUGCCUUUCUCAGGCAGCUCUCAUUUAUCAAACCUCUAUCUCACGAAUUCCAAUAUCUACAAAUUGCCGGAUAACUUUAGCUCUUUACACUUAUUGCGGUGUCUAUGCUUAAGUAGAAACAAUAUUGAGACCCUACCUGAAAGUAUCAAGAAACUUUAUUCUCUGAUGUUUCUAGACUUGAAGCAUUGUUGUAGGCUCAAUUCCCUUCCUGUGCUUCCAUCUAACCUACAGUACUUAGAUGCUCAUGGGUGUGUUUCUCUGGAAAAGGUUGCAAAGCCUUUGCCGGUUCCCCUAGUAACUGAGAGGAUGCAUACUACUUAUAUUUUCACGGAUUGCUUUAAACUGAACCGAGCUGAGCAGGAAGCUAUUGUAUCUCAGGCCCAACUUAAGAGUCAACUACUGGCAAGGACAGCUCUUCAGCAUAAUCAUAAGGGACUAGUUCUGGAUCCUCUGGUUGCCGUUUGCUUUCCAGGAAGUGACUUACCCUCAUGGUUCUGCCAUCAGAGAAUGGGAUCUUCGAUUGAAACCGACCUCCUUCCACACUGGUGCAACAGUAAAUUUAUUGGAGCUUCCCUAUGUGUUGUUGUCACCUUCAAGGAUCAUGAAUGUCACCAUGCCAACCGUUUAUCUGUAAGAUGCAAGUCCAAUUUUAAAAAUCAAAGCGGUCGGUCUAUCAGCUUUAGUUUCUGUCUUGGGGGAUGGAACGAGUCAUGUGGAUCAUCUUGCCAUGAACCACGGAAACUUGGAUCUGAUCAUGUGUUUAUUAGUUAUAACAACUGUAAUGUGUCAGCCUUUCAAUGGAGUGAAGAGAGUAAUGAGGGUAAUAGAUGUCGUCCCACUAGUGCCUCAUUUGAAUUCUACCUUACUGAUGACACUGAAAGGAAACUAGAAUGCUGCAAGGUGAUAAGGUGUGGGAUGAGUUUACUAUAUGCUCCAGAUGAGAAUGACCGUGGAUCCCAAGGAACACGGGUUACAGAUAAUGUUGAGCGUACAUAGAGUAAGGCUUUUGUCCCCGUGCGAUGUCGGUCCCACUCGCAAAUUGAAGAAAGAAGAGAUGAAAUCCCCUUUUGAGUGUUUAUUUCGGAUAAAUAGGUUGAAAAACCCUAACCUUUUAUAAAAACAUAAAACAAACCCUGACCUUUUUUUGUAGGUUAUAAAACCAUGAACUUGUUAAAAUAAUGAAAAUCAGCCUCUAAAGUAAAUUAGCGUUUUGCAUUUUGCGUUUAAAAUGACGUUUAAGAUGACAUUUAAGAAAGAAGCAAAAUAAUUAAAAAAGAAAAACAUCGUCUAUUUUACUCUUGGCGUAGAAGAGAAACUAGAGCACACAUCUCAAUUUUAUUUAGAUGGAGAUAAGGUAAGUUGAUUAUUCAGGAGUCCAUCCCAAUUUUGAUUACUUAGAAUUUAAAUUUAAACUCUGGGUUGAAAAACAACGUUUAUUAAUUUUGAGUGAGUUGACGAG